AUGGACCAUUUGAAAUAUGCAAAUAUUGAAAAUGAGAUUGAAGUUGAUGAUAGCGAUGACGAUUUGGGAAAUGUGGAUGAUGUACUUUUUGAAGAACAAUUAGAAGAACCCAAAAUAGAAAAGGAAACAUGUUCAACUUCACUACUUGAUCAUGCUUUUGCUCGUACCCAUAGUUAUGCACCAUUGACAUGUACUUCAUGGCACAAAGUUCCACAUAAAGAUAAGAUAUGGGAGUAUGUCUUGGGAAAAUAUGAUGUGCCCGAUGAUGCUAAAACUUGGGUUCUUAGGACAAUUGGAAAUUUGUAUAAGGUAUACAAAUGUAGGUUCAAGAAAAAACACUUCUAUCAAUUUAAGGACAAUAAAACAAGAUGGAAGAAUCGACCUGAAUGCAUUCCUCAAGAAGAGUUCUCAAAACUAUUAGUGUUAUGGAAUAAAAAAGAUGUGGCGGAACGUUGUUCGCGGGCAAAAGAAAUACGCAAGUCUCUAAAAAAUAUGCACACGGCUGGUCCAAAAAGUUUUGCUAGAAUUCGUGACGAAAUGAAAAAUGAAGAUCCAAACAAGAAAUUCCCAACUCUAAGUCAAAUGUUUGAACGUACACGUAAAAGGACAGAUGGGCAUGAACAAAUGAAGAAGUAUGAACAUCUAGAAGAUGAUAGUGAUGUCAUAGAUCCUUAUAUGAUUGUGAUGAAAAAAGAGAAUGAUGGAUACCGUCUGGGUGGUGGUGAUGCAUCAUACAUGAUUCCGACGGGACUUAUGGAAUCAUUCAAAGCAAAUGAAGUUAAAAGAAAUGAGUUGAUGGAAAUGCGGAAAGAGAUUCAAGAGGACCAUGAAAAAAAACAGGCCGGAUUAGAAGCUAUGCAAAUAGAUAUUAAAAAACAGCAAGAAAACCUUGAAGCCAUGAUGCGAAAGUUAGCGGAACAACAACCUCGAGAAGGCUGA